CUUACUUGGGCGACUUCGAUUCCCCGACAGGGUUAGCAGACUCUUUUGAUGGCUCCCGAAUGGGAACCUGCGUUGGUGAAGGAGCGCGAUCUUUGGUGGCCGGGGCAGAGGCAGUUGCAGUUGCAGUCGCAGCGGAAGAGACCGCGACGCCCAAAGUCGAAGCCGGGGCCGUAAUAGAGGCCGAGACGGAAGAGGGCACGCCGACGGGAGCAGAAAGGCCACUUUGCACAGGUUCUCGCGGCGCAGUUGCGUCUGAUGCUGAUGAUGGAAGAGGAGCCCGCGCAGACUCGGGGGUUGGAGCCGGAGUGGGAGAGGCCGGUUUUCCUGGCGCUGACGUGGGAACAGCGGAUGCUGAAGGCGCUGGCGAUAUUGGCUCAGGUGGCGCAACCGGCGCCCUGGCCUUGUCGGCCUCGACGCUAUUCAUGGUGUGAUGUGGAAGGGGAAGCCGGAGUAACAAUGCGAAACGCGCCGGGGAGCGAGUUAACAGCUGUUGAAGAGGCUUCACGAGUUGGUUUCCACAGAGAGAGAGAAGCGACUCGCGGCUUUGGGGGGGGGGGGGGGUUGUGUAGGGCAGUUGGCAGAAGAAGGAAGGAAGCGACGAGACCCGCGCGUCGGGGGCGGGAAGCAGGAAUGGAGACGCAAGACGGACGACCUGGUUGGCCGAGGAUCUGGAAUCUGGAAUCUGGUAGGCCGGGCCAGGGCUAAAAGCAACAAGCGCAAUCCCAAUCCCAAUCCAAC